AGGAGGGCAUUAAGAGAGAAGGCAGGGAGUAUCAAUGACAUCAACCAGCAGUCUCUGAGGCCGCCCGACCGGCUAUGUUCUCCCGACAAAAGGGCUGAAGGAGCAGCCGUGACCCGCUGCGCUCCCCAGAGGUCGACCCGACAGGACGGUGGAGGAAACACCGGCGAUGUGUGCAUGCAUCCUGCACAAAGGCAGACCUUUCUCUGAGUGGAGCUCGGCUGCUGCCACUGGAUUACAUUUAUCCUUGCUGUUUCCGAGGAAGCUUUCAGCUGCAAAUCCACCCACAUGAAUCUACCAGACAGUAAAGAAGACGGAGCACUUCCUACCGAGAGUGCCUACCUCUUUUGAGUGAAGCCCUACCUGAAUCUCUGUCAUCGCCAACAAACCCUCGGCGGUAUCAUGCCUCUGACCAGGAUGGGUGGAGCCCAGUCCAGGAGGUCUAUUCUGGGGAUCUGCCUCGGCCCAACUCCCCUGAGUCUACUGCUGCCUUUGGUUGUCCUGCUAACACGCCCUUUGAGCACUGAUUGUGCAGCACUAUCGCCUCCAAAGUUCACCAAGAUUCCCACGAACCAGAUCGGAGUGUCAGGGGGGGUAGCAUCAUUUGUGUGCCAGGCCAGUGGGAAUCCCAAGCCUGUCGUCUACUGGAACAAGAAGGGCAAGAAGGUCAACUCCCAGCGUAUCGAGGUGACUAUCGAGUUUGAUGAGGGUGCAGGUGCUGUGCUCAGGAUCCAACCGCUCAGAGCACCCAGGGAUGAGAACAUUUACGAGUGUGUGGCACGCAACAGCCAAGGAGAGGUGUCCGUCACUGCAAAACUCGCCAUUAUCAGAGAGGACCUGUUGCCCUUUGGCUUCCCCAGUAUAGACAUGGGUCCCCAGCUGAAGGUGGUGGAGCGGACAAGGACAGCCACCAUGCUGUGCGCUGCCAGUGGGAUCCCCGACCCAGAGAUCUCCUGGUUCAAGGACUUCCUACCUGUCGACCCGAGCACCAGCCAGGGCCGCAUCAAACAGCUCCGAUCAGGAGCAUUGCAGAUUGAGAACAGCGAGGAAACAGACCAAGGAAAGUACGAGUGCGUGGCCACCAACUCUCAAGGCGUACGCUACUCCUCCCCUGCCAACCUAUACGUACGAGGAGCGACAGACACAUUGCGUCGUGUGCCCCCUCGUUUCUCCAUCCUCCCCUCCAACCAUGAAAUAAUGCCAAGAGGGAGCGUCAACAUCACCUGCGUGGCCGUGGGUUCGCCCAUGCCCUAUGUCAAGUGGAUGCUGGGCAGCGAGGACCUGACCCCCGAAGAUGAAAUGCCCAUCGGACGAAAUGUGCUGGAGCUCAACGGUGUCCGAGAGUCUGCUAACUACACCUGUGUGGCCAUGAGCAGCCUGGGUAUCAUUGAAGCCACCGCUCAGGUCUUAGUCAAGUCUUUACCCAAUGCACCUGGUACUCCGGUUGUCACGGAAACCACAGCCACUAGCGUGACCAUCACCUGGGACUCUGGCAACCCUGACCCUGUCUCCUACUACAUCAUCCAGUAUCGAGCCAAAGGGCCAGACAACAAGUACGAGACAGUGGACAGCAUCACCACAACCCGCUACAGCAUCGGCGGGCUCUACCCCAACACCGAGUACGAAAUCCGAGUGUCGGCCUUCAACAGCAUCGGUCAGGGCCCUCCUUCUGCACAAGUGAACGCUCGCACUGGAGAACAGGCCCCAGCCAGCCCUCCGCGAAACGUCCAGGCUCAUAUCAUAUCUCAGAACACUGUGAUGGUCCGCUGGGAGGAACCUGAGGAACCCAAUGGGCAGGUCAAAGGUUAUCGUGUGUACUACACCAUGGACCCGUCACGGCCUAUGAAUGAGUGGCAGAUCCACAACGUCCAGGACAGCGUGAUCACCACCAUCCAAAACCUGGUGGCGUCAGAAACCUACACUAUCCAGGUCUUAGCGUUCACGUCUGUAGGAGAUGGACCCGCCUCAGACCCUGUACAUGUUAAAGUCAUGCCAGGAGUUCCAGGCCAACCAGGGAAGUUUAGGGUCGGUAAGGUGACAGACACCAGCAUCGAACUGAUCUGGGAACCCGCGUACACCAAGGAGAGCAUCGUCAACUAUGAGCUCCUCUACAAACCUGUCAAAUUUGGUAGCGUGGAGAAGCUGACCUUCGGGCCAAGGAAUUCUUACACAGUGGUGGGUCUACAGGCGGAUACUGACUACUCCUUCUCCCUGGCUGCCACCUCAAACAAAGGCCUCGGUGCUUUCACUAACGAACUUGUGCAGAGAACGUCGCAAGCCAAGCCCUCAGCUGCACCCGAGGGUGUCUCCUGUGAGAGUGCCAGCUCCACCUCGCUGAGAGUAAGUUGGAAGCCGCCUCCAAUGGAGGGCCAGAAUGGAAAAUUGGCAGGUUAUGAACUGAGCUACCAGAGAGUAUCUGGGGCACAAGGCGGAGGUCAGGGCCAGGAGGUGAAGGGGCUUACUAUCCCGCCCCAGCAGGGGGAGACAGUGGUAGAGGGGCUGGAGAAAUGGAGUUGGUACAACAUCACCAUGGCAGCCUCCACUGCAGAGGGAACUGGACCCAGCAGCCCAGCUGUGCUGUGCAGAACUGAUGAGGAUGUUCCUGGUGCAGCCCCUCGUCAGGUUGAUGUCCAGCCUCUUAACUCCUCAGCGCUCCACAUCACCUGGCGGUCUGUGUUGCCACGGUUGCAACAGGGCCAGAUCCGUGGCUACCAAGUUCAUUUCAGUCGUGCCGAUGGUGAAUCACGAAACCUUCCCCGAAUUAAAGACCUUUUAUUGGAUGAGUCUCAGAUGGAGGAGGAUGACUCCGCUCACUAUGAGAUGAUUUUGGGGGGCCUUAAAGCAGAGACCUUAUACUCUGUCUCAGUGGCAGCAUACACCACUAAAGGGGAUGGAGCACACAGCAAAGCCAAGCUGGUGCAGACCUCUGGGAUCGUGCCUGGUCCCCCCUCCCUUUGGGUGCGCACAGGAUCCGGUCCAUCAGUGGUUGUGCGGUGGGCUCCUCCACUGGAGUGCUCUGAGUCAGGCUCUGAUAGCCAGGGGCUCCCAGUGGAAAUCCUGGGCUACCGCCUGCAGUUCAGCCUGAAGAAUACCUCUUUAAACACCACAGUAGAUUUCACACAUCGGGAGAAAAACUUCACUGUCAGAAACCUUUCCCCAGGCUCAUCUUAUGUCUUUGUCCUCUCUGCAAAGAGCCGAGCAGGCUACGGAGCAGUUGUGCAGCAGGAAAUAACAGUUCCAAUGCUUCCACCCUCAGGACAUCCUAAAAUAUCUGACUUUGUUAAUGCCACUUGCUGUUCCCUCCAUCUCUCCUGGCUGCCCCCUGCCCCAGAGGACAGCAAUGGUGUCAUCACAGAAUACACUAUUGCUUAUAGGGAGGCUGUGGGCCCCAAACCCUCUGCUGUCCCUGGUCCCUCAUCCAUGCCAGCUUCCCCACGUCUGAUCACACUCCCAUCAAGUGAGUCCAGCUACACCAUCUUGGGUCUGAAUUACAGCACAGCCUACGAAGUGCAGCUCAGAGCCCACAACAAGGCAGGGCCAGGUCCCUUCAGCCCACCUCUGGUGUGCAGAACCCUGGCCUUUGAAACAGUUCUUUCAGGUCAGCCUGUGCACCUCAUUGAGGCUGAGAACUGCAAAGUCCAAGGGAACGCAACUACUCCCCUCAAUCUCCUCCACUCACUUACCUUCAUCACCUUCCCUUCACCACCAAUGGAAGCAGGCAGAAUGUUAAUGGAUGUUUGCUUCAAGAGCACAGCUUAUCACAAACCCUCAGAUGUGCCAAGGAAUUUUUCAGUCAAUUUGGCCACAAAGACAAGCGUUCUUCUGACCUGGGAGUUUCCGGAGAGCAGCAACUCCUAUCGCUUUACUGUGGAAUAUAACCAGCAAAAGUUGGAGGUGGAUGCUCGUCUGAGAAAGGCGGUCAUACCAAACCUUCAACCCGACACCAACUAUGACUUCAUGAUCACUGCUCCUGAGGGCAACAUGGGAGGCCUUCGCCACCGAAUCACCGCAAAGACCUCACCGCCAAUCACCAUCCGCCGCCCUGAGAUUGACCACACCCGUGACACGGAGACAACAAUCACCAUAAUCCUGCCGUCACUGGAGACUCGCACCCCUAUCAAGAAUGUUUAUGUUGUUGUGGUUCCGCUGAGGAGAGCCCGAGGUGUCAUCAGACACCUCAAGAGCCCAGAUGAAAUGGACCUAGAGGAGCUGUUAAAAGAUAUCAGUCAAAGGCAGAAGGAUUCUCGGCAGCAGAAGCAGGUGGACCUACGUCGGGCUUACAUCACAGCCCGUUUCACACCUGCCACCUUACCAGCCUUUUUCACCCUGGGGGACCAGCUAGACUACGGAGGCUUUGAGAACCGAGCGCUUGAGCCAGGACAAGAGUACGUCUUCUUCAUCCUGGCUGAGCUCAACUCCACGACCGGGAAGAUGUAUGUGGCCAGCCCCUACACUGACCCAGUGAUUGCCCCAGAUUCAGACCCCCAGCCCCUUGAUGCAGGAGACGGUCUAAUCUGGGUGGUGGGUCCUGUUCUAGCAGUGGUCUUCAUCAUUUGUAUCGUCAUUGCCAUCCUUCUCUACAAAAACAGCAAACCUGACAGCAAGCGCAAGGACUCUGAGCCCGGAACCAAGAGCCUGUUGAGUAAUGCAGAAAUGAUGGCCCAUCACCCAACAGACCCUGUAGAGAUGAGACGGAUCAACUUCCAGACUCCUGGAAUGAUCAGCCAUCCACCGAUCCCCAUCAGCGAGUUAGCAGAGCACAUAGAGCUGCUGAAAGCUAAUGACAACUUGAGACUCUCCCAAGAGUACGAGUCCAUUGACCCUAGUCAGCAGUUCACCUGGGAGCAUUCCAACCUGGAAGUUAACAAACCCAAAAAUCGCUACGCCAACGUCAUAGCAUAUGAUCACACCAGAGUCGUCCUGGCCCCCAUAGAAGGUAUCCUGGGGAGCGAUUACAUCAAUGCCAACUACAUUGAUGGCUACAGAAAGCAGAAUGCCUACAUCGCUACCCAGGGUCCACUGGCGGAGACGUUUGGGGAUUUCUGGAGGAUGGUGUGGGAACAGAGGGCCGCCUCUGUUGUUAUGAUGACACGUCUGGAGGAAAAGUCACGGAUAAAGUGCGACCAGUACUGGCCAAGUCGAGGCACAGAGACUUACGGGAUGAUCCAAGUCACACUGUUGGAUACAAUGGAGCUGGCCACUUUCUGCAUUCGCACCUUUUCCUUGCAUAAGAGUGGCAGCAGCGAACGGCGAGAGGUGCGUCAGUUCCAGUUCACAGCCUGGCCAGACCACGGUGUGCCAGAAUACCCCACCCCCUUCCUCAACUUCCUCCGCAGAGUCAAAGCCUGUAACCCCCCUGAUGCCGGCCCCAUCAUCGCUCACUGCAGUGCUGGUGUCGGUCGAACUGGCUGCUUUAUCGUUAUCGAUGGCAUGCUGGAGCGCAUUCGACACGAGCGCACCGUGGACAUCUAUGGUCACGUGACCCUGAUGCGGUCACAGAGGAACUACAUGGUGCAAACAGAGGACCAAUACAGCUUCAUCCAUGAGUCUUUGCUGGAGGCUGUGGCCUGCGGGAACACGGAGGUGGCCGCCAGGAGUCUGUACUCAUACAUGCAGAAACUGUCCAAGGUGGAGAGUGGAGAGCAUGUCACUGGAAUGGAGCUGGAGUUCAAGCGACUGGCUAACACCAAAGCCCACACAUCCCGGUUUGUCACAGCCAACCUGCCUUGCAACAAAUUCAAGAACCGACUCGUCAACAUAAUGCCCUACGAAACCACCCGUGUAUGUCUCCAGCCAAUCAGAGGCCUGGAGGGUUCCGAUUACAUCAACGCUAGUUACAUAGAUGGAUACAGGCAGCAGAGAGGUUACAUUGCCACCCAGGGUCCACUGGCUGAGACUACUGAGGACUUCUGGAGGAUGCUGUGGGAACACAACUCCACUAUAGUGGUUAUGCUCACUAAACUGAGAGAGAUGGGACGGGAGAAGUGCCAUCAGUACUGGCCCGCUGAGCGCUCUGCACGGUACCAGUACUUUGUGGUGGAUCCCAUGGCAGAGUACAACAUGCCCCAGUACAUCCUCCGGGAGUUCAAAGUUACAGAUGCCAGGGAUGGCCAGUCACGGACGGUGCGUCAGUUCCAGUUCACUGAUUGGCCAGAGCAAGGCGUGCCCAAAUCUGGGGAGGGCUUCAUCGAUUUUAUUGGCCAGGUUCACAAAACCAAGGAGCAGUUUGGCCAGGAUGGACCCAUCAGCGUUCACUGCAGUGCUGGCGUGGGGAGGACAGGUGUCUUCAUCACGCUGAGUAUUGUCUUGGAGAGGAUGCGUUACGAAGGAGCUGUGGACAUCUUCCAGACUGUCAAAAUGCUGCGGACACAGAGACCAGCCAUGGUGCAGACUGAGGAUGAGUACCAGUUCUGCUAUCAGGCUGCUCUUGAAUACCUGGGUAGCUUUGACCACUAUGCAACGUAAGUGAAGAGACGACCAUCCAUCAAUCUUUCUGCUUCGAGGUCCACAAACAAGGAAGAGAGAGAGAGAGUGAGAGUGUGAGAGAGAGAGAGAGAGAGAGCUUGAAAUAACAUGAACAUUGAACCUCUAACGGGAGCAAAAUUCCAAGAUGAAUUCUACACCAACAAGGACAAAAAGCAACAACAAAAACACCAACAAGAUUUCUGUGUCUAAGAGCACCCACACUCAUUAGGAGUUCUUCUGAAGAGCUUGUGGGUGCCAAGACUAUCCAUGUGUAAUCCAUAUACUUACCUCAGUGUUCCAGUGUGAAGGACGUAUAAUACAUGUGUGUUGUGGUCAGCUAUCUCCAAUAUGAACCAGUGAAUUACAAGCGGCUUCAGAACAGGAAUUAUGAUACUAUAUGUGUAUAAAAUACAAAAGAAAAAAAAAAAAAAAACACAAGAGCCUGGAUAUUUGCUGCACCCUAAAUGGGCUUUUUAUCCUUAAACUUUGUAUCUAUUGGUUUGGUGUACUAAGGGGUUACAAAGUGCAAAAGUGAACAUUUCUAUGUGUCUGUGAGUCUGUUUCAAAGGUGUCUACUGCUACCACAGGUAGUUCUGGUUAUAAGCAGAUGAAGAAGUAUACGACUCACCACCCUACGGACUGUGGAUGCUCAUUUCCCCGACGCACAGUGCCAAGACAAACCAUGUUUUUGUGUGGCAGCGUGAACAUGAACUGUGGCCUAAAAGGAGAGAUGGCUCCCUCUAUCAUCCAGCAUAACAUGAAAACCGCAGUCAGACUAGAGACUGCUCUUACAGGCUGGCCAAGGAUCAGUUCACACUCCCUAAACAUGUCCUCACACAGUAACAGCUGGCCUCAGAACAGUGAUAAAAGCCCAUUAUAUCCUCAACUGGGCUGAGAUUUGUAGUCCAGCAAUUCUUCAUUCAACAAAGCUUGCUUGCUAUUUGCUGUAGUCCUUGUUCAUCCUCCAGCUUCGCUCCUCUUGAUGUCAGUCCCAUUGUGUCAGUUCGGCGGUGGCUUAUUGAAAGAGACGCUAAUGAAAGCAUUGAGCUCCAAUCCUUUCUUUCUCUCCUGAAUUUAAAACAGAUCUCAGCCUAUUUCUGCAGAUAUCGACAUAGUUUGUGUGUGUUUUUAUGUCUAUGCCUUACGCUGACUUAUUUCUUGUGUUUAAACAUGCUGCUUUAUGCUCAUGCCGUUCUCCCGCGUCGUGUGCAGAGUUUUUAUUGUCACACAGUAUCUUAAUCUGAGGAUGAAAAUUGUCCUAGAUCAUCUUCCUCCUCUGAAGCUAUCCUAUUUUACCACUUUGCAGUUAAGUCACUCUGCUAUUUUAGGAAGACCGUGACAAAACUCAUUUUCACUAAAAAAAAAUAAUUAGUGCGAUUGGUGAAAUUUUACGUUUUUACAAUCCUGUCCCCUUUCCAAACUGACCAACCACCUGAUUAAGAUUCCCAGACAUCCCAGUUAACAAUUUCCUUCCAUCUGCUCCAGAACAACUGCACAAGUCUUUAACAUUGAUAUAUAUAUCUUUCUUGAUUUUACAUAUAGUCAUAAUUGGUCCCACUUGGUGAUUGAAGAGCACAGCAAUGUUCCAGUGAUCAGACAUCUCGGCGGUUUCACUAAUUUUGUACAUACAGUCUUAUCAUUGAAGUCCUAUACAGUACAGUUACAUACGUCUGAGCACAAGAUAUUACGUGGGAUUGGAUGUGAUGUAGUUCUAAUUGUUGCAAAAAAAAGCCUUAUUGUUAUCGUUCACUUUGUCAUAUUUAUUUGAUAUGAUUUUUUAAGAUAUUUAUUAUUCUAUUUUGUUACUUUUCAUGUUUGUUUUUAUUUAUUUAUUUGGAAUAUCUAGCAACUAUAACCAAUAAGAUGUUGUUAACUUGUUUCUUUAGCGAGCCAAUGUUAGAGUAUAUUGUCACUGUUUUUUUUUGUUUUGUUUUUUUUUUUCUUUUUUGUUUUUCUUUUUUAAAUGGUUAGUUUUGGUGCUUUUUUAUUUGCUUUAUUAUAAAGUAUACCCUCUGUGUAGGGUGCUAUUUGAUACUGAUUACUGAUGUCUGACUAGUUAGCUAGAGAUGUACAUUAGAGGAAGACCUUCAGUAGUUUAAGUUUACAGCGACGCCCUUCUGAUGCUCUCCUCCAUCCGACCUCCAUAGCAACCGCAGUGGUGUGAUCAUAGCAACAGACUAUGAUCCAACUCAGCGCGAUAGGUUUAAGGGCGUCAGAGAAAUUAGAUAUAUAGAGAAGACUUGUUGGUGAAAAUCUCUGACAAGGUGUUCAUAUUUUGUUUGCUGGAAAGCACAUGGUAGCAAGUGUAUUUUUGACAGAGAACGGGUAAGAAUCGCCCAGCUACACACUUUACACAACCUGAAAGUUAUUGUUUGAAACUGAAAUUAUUCUAAUAUGAAACUUGUGUCUGGUCCAGAAGUCUUGACAGUGUGUGACAUAUAUAAAAUAUGUUAUUCCUUCAAUUUCUAAUGAUUAAUGUGUCAAGAGAACUAUUAAGGCACACACAUGAAACAUAUGAAAUGUGUUGAGGGCCAGCUCUGAUGACGCCAUCCCCCUCACUUAUGUACCUGUUCUUUCCUUUAAACCAUGGAUGUAGAUAUUGUAUCUGGACUUUGUAUUAAAAGCAGGAUGAUUGGAUAUGCAGCACAAUGA